AUGUUGAAGGUAUUAUAUGAUGAUGGAGAUAUUGAAGUGCUAUGUUUGGAUAAGGAAAGGUGGAAACUUGUAAAGAGUGGGCACAAACUUGCAGAGAGGAAGCUCAUGACAUAUAGUCCACACCCUAAAGAAGGAGCAUCUAAGAAACUUAAGUCAUCGGGUAGCUUCAAGCAAACUAAGGAAUCAACUGACAUAUCACCAUCAUCUGUGGUAAGAGGAAAAAGAACCUCAAGACAGAAUUUGAACCAAGGGCAAAAAGGGGUAUCACAAAGAAGUGCAUAUUUGGAAAUUCGCAGAAGCAAAGAUCCUGAUGCACCCAUGCCUGAGGCCAUAUCCUCUAAAAUCAACAAUUUGGGUGCAGUUGAAGACAAGUUAGAAAAGUCAAGAUCCAAGGAGAACCAAACAACAGGAGAUGCAGAGCAUCUCAAAUGAUUCCAUGUCUAAAAAACAAGUUUGGUAAAUAUAUUGGGCUUGUUUUAAAAACAGGUUUGGUAAAUAUAAAAAAUACGUGAAAAAUAUAUAAAAACA